ACCAGCGGUAGAAGAAGAUGGCAUCUGGCAUGAACUUCGGGUGCAAGGCAGGAUUCAGGUCCUGGAUGAUGUGCUGGGUGGGCACACACACACAUGUGUCAUCCAGUGUGCAGGAGGCGGUCAUUCUCCUGACUCUGCUGGGUGCCAUAUCUGGAGGAGAGGCACUACAGCUAAUCCAGUUACCUGCCACCAGCAAUGUAGCCGAGAAUUCUCCCGCUGAGACUUCUGUGCACAAGUUUUCUGUGAAAUUAUCAGCGUCGCUGGCACCUGUGGUUCCAGGAUUCCCGCUGAUUAUCAAUUCGAGUCCCCUCACUGAUGCCUUUAGGGUGAAUGGGCUGUCAGACACUGACUUCGAGGUCGUCACUACAGGAAAGGAACAACUGGAUUUUGAAACAGGACCAAAAAUAUUUGACUUGCAGAUUUAUGUUAAGGAUGAGAUUGGUGUCACAGACUUACAAGUCCUGACUGUCCAGGUAACAGAUGUGAAUGAGCCUCCUCAGUUUCCAGGCAAGAUGGCCAAAGGUCUAAACCUGUACGUAGCAGAAGGAAUAAAGCCCGGCUUAAUUUACCAGGUUGAGGCCUCCGAUCCAGAAGAUACGAGACGCAAUGUACCACUCAGUUAUUUCCUGAUUUCUCCUUCGAAGAACUUCAGGAUGUCUGCCAAUGGCACCCUCUUCUCCACCACAGAACUGGACUUCGAAGCAGGACACAGCAGUUUCCAUCUCAUUGUGGAGGUGAGAGACAGCGGCGGCCUAAGAGCCUCCACUGCACUCCACGUGAACGUCGUGAACAUCAAUGAUGAGAUCCCUCGCUUCACCAGCCUGACACGGGUGUACAAGAUCCCAGAGGAGCUGACUGUAGGAACCAUUGUGGCUAAUAUCACUGCGGAGGAUCCUGAUGACAACAUUUCCCCCAGUCACCUCCUCUACAGCAUCACCACAAGCAGCAGCUAUUUUAUGAUAAACCAGUUGACUGGUACAAUCCAAGUGGCCCAGAGGAUAGACCGAGACACAGGUGAAUUAAGACAAAACGCUGCAAUUUCUCUGGAGGUUCUGGUGAAGGACCGCCCCGUGGGGGGGCAGGAGAACCGCAUGCAGGUCACCUUCAUCGUGGAAGAUGUCAAUGACAGCCCGGCAGCAUGCACCAAGUUCAUCUUCAGCGUGCUGGUGCCUGAAAGAGCAGCCAACGGCACGCUGCUCCUGGACCUGAACCCGUUCUGCUUCGAUGAGGACAGUGAUGCACCGAACAACAAGUUCAACUUCAGCACUCCAUCCGGAGCAGGGAGCAGCGGCAGAUUUUCACAGGAGCCAGCUGGCUCUGGAAAAAUUGUGUUGAUUGGCGAUCUAGACUGUGAAGAUCCGAGGAAUCUGGCAGCUGGCAAUGAGUACAGGAUGAUUAUCCAGGUGCAGGAUGUGGUCCCUCCAUACUACAAAAAUGACAUCUACAUUUACGUCCUCACAAGGCCAGAAAAUGAGUUUCCUCUGGUCUUUGAUAGGCCAUUCUACGUGUUUAAUGUGUCGGAAUUGAGACCAGCUAGGACCCGGGUUGGACGGGUGCACGCGACUGAUGCAGACUUCCCCCAGAGCAGCAUCGAAUACUCCAUCUCCACCGGAGGGGCCAGUGUCCAGUAUCCGAAUGUGUUUUGGAUUAAUCCCAAGACUGGAGAACUGCAGCUAGUGAUGAAAGCAGACCAUGAAAUGACCUCCGUGUAUGUCCUCAGGAUCCAGGCCACCAACAGUGAGGACAGGAGCCUGGUCACUGUGACUGUGAAUAUCCUUGACGAAAAUGAUGAAAAGCCAGUUUGCAUUCCAGACUCCUACUUCCUGGCUAUCCCUGUGGAUAUGAAAGUCGGCACAAAUAUUCAGAAUUUCAAGUUGAGGUGCACCGAUCUUGAUUCCAGCCCCAGAUCUUUUCGUUACUCCUUUGGUCCAGGCAACAUCAACAGUCAUUUCACCUUCUCUCCCAAUGCUGGUUCCAAUGUCACGCGCCUGCUGCUGGCAUCCCGCUUUGAUUAUGAUGGUGGGCUCGACAAGAACUGGGACUACCAGCUGCACAUCUAUAUAACUGAUGACAACUUGCUGUCAGGCAGGAAGAGAGCCGGAGCUCUUGUUGAAACAGGAACAGUGACCUUGAGUGUUAAAGUCAUCCCUCAGCCAACCACGAUCAUCACCACAACGCCCAGGCCCAGGAUCACCUACCAGAUCCUGAAGAAGAAUGUUUAUUCUUCCUCUGCGUGGUACGUGCCUUUUGUCAUCACACUGGGCUCCAUCUUGCUCCUGGGUCUCCUGAUGUUCCUGGUCAUCCUGUUGGCCAAAGCCAUCCACACACAGUGCUCCUGGAAGAUGGAGGAGGAUGAGAAUCCUUUAGUGGAGAAAGGAGGAAUGAAGAAUUCCAAGAGAGAGGUUGUGGUGGAAACUGUGCUGCUGAACACUGUCUUUGAUGGAGAAGCCAUAGACCCAGUGACUGGGAAAAUGUAUGAAUUCAACUCCAAAACUGGAGCCAGAAAGUGGAAAGCCCCAUUAACCCAGAUUCCAACAGGGAAAGGGUCAAGUGCCUGGAGAGCUGCUGAUGAGCCAGGGCCACAGACAGGCCCUGAGAAGGGUGUGCUGAGUGACAGCAGAGCUGUUGAGGACACAGGUCUGCCUUCCCAAAAUGUGGCUGCCAAGCCAAAGCACAGAAAUCCAGCUCUCAUGAACAGGGCUUCCCCCAGGCCCCAGACACCCAGGGAUCCCAAUGGAAUGCAUGAUGAUGUUUAA